AAUCAGAACACAAAAGGGUCAGGAAGGUUUCAGAAGACUGAGGGGGGUGGGACGGUGUUGUAGUGGAGGGGAUUCUUGAGUUGGAAUUUCCAGCGAAAAAAUCCUGAGCGUGACGACAGCUUCCAGGAAAUCUGGACCGGGUCAGGAAAGUAUAAACGUCGGAGCCAUCCCGACCCAGAACCCAGAAUCCCUGCAGACACUCACUGGACUUCUGAGGCUCCUUAAGAAACUCUAAACAUGAAACUCUCUGGGUUUAAUUCAGUUCAGCUUCAGGACUCUUCAUCGUCUUGGAUCCGAUUCUUCCUUCUCUGCUCCGUGCUGUCUCUGUGGGGAAAUGUGGCCGGCUGGUCGUACCACUGGUCCGACCACAACAUGGAGUGGGAAGAAGCACGAAAGUGGUGCCAACAGAGAUACACGGACAUGGUGGCCAUCCAGAACCAGGAGGAGAUCCUCCACCUCAGCAGAAGUCUUCCAAAGAGUGACAGCUACUACUGGAUCGGGAUUCGUAAGAUCAACGACGUCUGGACGUGGGUGGGAACCAACAAGCCCCUGACCCCCGAAGCCACCAACUGGGCAGCGGGGGAACCCAACAACGGGAAUGACGGCUCCAAAGAAGGUCAACCUGAGGACUGCGUGGAGAUUUACAUCAAAAGGACGGAGCAGGCGGGGAAGUGGAAUGACGAGAGAUGCUCCAAGAAAAAGGCAGCUCUGUGCUAUACAGCUUCCUGCACUGACGACUCCUGCUACAACGGAGAGUGCAUCGAGACCAUCAACAACCACACGUGUAAAUGCCUUCCAGGAUUUUACGGAUCCAGAUGUGAGCAUGUUGUCCAGUGCAGAAAGGAGGACGUGAUUCCCCCCGAACACGGACACGUGGACUGCUCCCACAAGAACGGAGACUUCUCCUACGACUCGCUGUGCCGACACUCCUGUGAGGACGGAUACAGGCUGACGUCAGCAGGCAUUCAGAGGUGCACCGACAUGGGCCUCUGGUCAGAGGAGUCCCCUCAGUGCCAACUGGUGAAGUGUAAGGAUCUGUCUCCUCCUCCGGCUGGACUUAUGGAGUGUUCUCAUCCUCUGGGGAACCACAGCUACCAGUCUGAAUGUGUAUUUUCCUGUGCUGAGGGUCAUAAGCUGGAUCCUCCCUCCUCUAGCGCUCUGCUAUGUGAAUCUUCAGGCCUCUGGAGCGCCUCAACGCCAUCUUGUGUUGCUGUUCAGUGUCCUGCUCUCCAGGAUCCAGAGAACGGAAUGGUCCGAUGUGGAGAGGAGACAGAGCUGAAGUUCAGCUUCAAAGCAGACUGCAGCUUCAGCUGUGAAGCAGGCUUCACUCUAACAGGGCCUGGUGAGGUCACCUGCACAUCGGCAGGUGUCUGGAGCGGGAAGAUACCUGAGUGUGUUGAGAUCAAAUGUCCAGUUCCAAAGAAAGACGCUCAGCUCAUCCCAGAGUGCAGCAAACCUCCCAACAACCUGGGAGUAAACUCCACCUGCAGCUUCAGGUGUGAACCGGGCUUUGAACUGCAGGGAGCGGCCCACAGGAAGUGCUCUGAGAAUGGACAGUGGAGCGGCGUCGCCCCCACAUGCAAAGCCGUUCGAUGCCCUCCACCCGAGGCUCCUGAAAACGGCCACAUCAACUGCUCGGACGGCCCUCCCGUCUUCACCUCGCAGUGCUCCAUCACCUGCGAUGAAGGUUUCACGCUAGACGGACACGAGCUGCUGACCUGCGGUCGCCAUGGCAACUGGACUGGGAAGCCCCCCACCUGUCAAGCUCCUUCAUACCAGAUGUCUGCCAUUACCAGCGGUGUGGCAGUAGGGGGCGCUGCUGCGGUCUCAGGACUUUCUCUGGCAGUGUGGAUCUUGAAAAGAAUGAAGAGUAAAGCUUCCAAAUUUGAGUUGAACAGUAACUCUGACAUCGACGAGCCUCCACAGGUUUACAAAAACAGCAUCGACAGCCUCAUCUAGAGACAGCAAGGGACAGAGCGUGUGCAUGAAUUUCAGAGUGAAAAUGUGACAUUUUAGUGUAAAAAAAGGAUUUCCCUUAAAUUAAAUUCAUGAUCAGAUCCGUAUCUGCUCCCAGUGGGAGUUUUAUGUUGAACAAAUUGUUCUUCAGCUUGUCUGAACUCUGAAAACAUGGCUGUAAAUAUGCAGAAUUCCUGUCACUGAUUUAUUGAAGGUAUUUAUUUAUUUGUAUUUAUUCACUAUUUUGGGGAUUUUUUUUGUAUUCAGAUAUGUUGUGAAAUCUUUUCUGAUUUUUUAUAAAUAAAACGCUGUCAUGUGCUA